CAGACAUCUCAAGACUCAUCUUCCACACCCCUCUUAUUAUAACAUCUUCCUCAUCCUCCAAAGUUUAUUUUAAACACACUAAAAUAAAAACAAUCAAAUGAUCAUCUCCAAAAGCUGAUUAGCUCUUUUUAUCUAACUUCUUUGUUUCUGAAUACCAUUUUUUUGUUAGAACAUAACAUAAACCCUAACUUUUUCUUUUCCUCACAAGAUUAUCUUGAAAGUAUUAAAAACCCAUAGAUACUUGAGUUUUGAACAAUGGAUAUGACUCUUAAAUCUCCUGAACCCAUCCUACCAGCCAAACCAAUCUCCUUCAGCAACGGAACCAUCAAACGCCACCACCACCUCCACCACCCAAUCACCGUCACAUACAAAGAAUGCCUCAAGAACCACGCUGCAGCGACUGGUGGUCACGCGCUCGACGGUUGCGGAGAGUUCAUGCCUUCUCCUUCCUCCACACCUUCCGAUCCAACUUCCCUCAAGUGUGCCGCCUGUGGUUGCCACCGUAACUUCCACCGCCGUGACCAUACCUCAGCCGUGCCUCCACCGUCUCUUCCUCCAUCUUCCACAAUCUCAUACCAGCCUCACCACCGUCACCACCCGCCUCCUCCUCUCCCUCCAAGCCCUAACUCAUCUUCUCCGCCUCCUAUCUCCUCCUCUUACAUGCUCCUCGCUCUCUCCGGCACCGAUAAAACCGGUGGAAAGAGCUUACCGUUCUCAGAUCUCUCCACUCGCCACCUUACUCCAGGCUCUCGGAAGCGGUUCAGGACCAAGUUCAGCCAGGCUCAGAAAGAGAAGAUGCACGAGUUCGCUGACCGUAUCGGGUGGAAGAUUCAGAAGCGCGACGAGGACGAGGUGCGCGGCUUCUGCCGCGAGGUGGGAGUCGAUAGAGGUGUACUCAAGGUUUGGAUGCAUAAUAACAAAAACACAUUUAACAACCGCCGUGACCUCCCAUUCUCCGGCGAUAUAACCACCGUCAAGAUGACCGAUGACGGUGUUGCUGUUCCCGGCGGCGAGAACAAUGAUAAUAACACCGAAGGAGCUGACGGCGAAAAUGCUAAUGGCUCGUCGUGUUUUUCGGGAAAGAGCAAUGAUGAAGCUUAAGCUUUGUUUAGCUUUAGAUCAUAGAGAGUAAGCACUGCUAUUAUCAUCUUAAUACGUUUAUUAUAUUAAUUAAACUCUUUUAUAUCUUUUUGUUUUUACUAUUCAUUAUUUUGUUUUCGGAUUUUUAUUUGAUCCUCAUUAGUUAUUACCACGAAGUUGUCUCAAGGAUGUAAUAAUAUAACAUGUUCAGCAGUUCGGAAGAUAUUUCCAUAAGAGGAAAG